GGAGGGAUGCAGGGUGUGGUGGUGCAUAAAACCUGAGCUGCAUCCAUUUUUCCAUCACUGCAGCUCCUCCAAGCCUCAUUUUAUUUCUCUGGUCUUCUUCCAUUAAAGCCUCGCAGCCGCCAUCAUGUCUGACACUCAGCAGGCCAUGGCCCUGCUCCUCAACGUCUUCGACAAAUACGCUAGAAAGGAGGGGGACAGUGACACCUUAACCAAGCAGGAGCUGAAGGAUCUUCUUCAGACUGAGCUUGGGGAACUCCUGGGCAAAGCCAAUGACAAGGCUGCAGUAGACAAAAUUUUCAAAGAAUUGGACAGAAACGCAGACAACACGGUGGAUUUCCAGGAGUUUGCUAACUUGGUCACGGCCCUCACUGUGAUGUGCCACGAAUUCAUCAAGUCAAGCAAAUGAGGAUCUGACGCCACCUUGGGGCUGGCUGAGAGAGCAGCGGAAAAGAGAAGGGCUCCCUGACACAGUCAUCUGUUGAAGGGAUGCAUUAUUUUCUACUGCUGGAAGCCGCAAACAUAAAGUCACAAAAUUGUAUCGCAAUGUAAAAAUAAAUCAUCUUUUUCUCUGA